AUGUCUGUUACCCACACAGGAGAGUGGAGGCGGAAGGGUCAGGAGCUUACGGUUAUCCUCAGCAGCAUGGCAAGCUUGCUAGCUUCCAGCUACCGACACAUACUUGACUUAUUGCCUCAUUCAGGAGGCGUGGUCCUGAAUCAGAAAAAAACAAACCAACAGUUCCUGAGCACAGAGACGUCUCAGAAGUUUUUAUGUGCACCCUUCCUGACCUCACGAGCUGCACUUUCUUUCAGAAUUGCAUGUGUGAGUGCACCCAGUGUGUACCAGAAGCUCCGGGAGCUUCACAGGGAGGACAUCUCUGUGUACAUCUUUGAAUACGACAGAAGAUUCGCCAUAUAUAGGGAUGAAUUUAUCUUCUACGAUUACAAUCAUCCACUGGACUUGCCUGAGGGAAUCGCUGCACAUAGCUUUGACAUUGUGGUUGCAGAUCCUCCUUACCUGUCUGAGGAAUGUCUCAGGAAGACAUCCGAAACCAUCCAGUUCCUGACUCGGGGCAAGGUUCUGCUGUGCACAGGAGCCAUCAUGGAAGAGCAGGCAGCUCGGCUCCUACGUGUAAAGAUGUGCAAGUUUAUUCCAGAACACUCCCGAAACUUGGCCAACGAGUUCCGCUGUUAUACGAACUAUGACUCUGGGCUGGACUGAAAAGCCUAAAUUCACAGAGCAACAGUUCCAAUAAAGGACUCCACAUCCAUUUCCCAAUUCUCAUCCUGUGGAAACAUCAUGAUCUCCCCCUCUUUCUGCCCUGGCUGGGACUCCCCUAGCUUAUUUUUGAAAAUAAAACAAAACUUCUCAUUGCUGA